AUGACUCCACCAGAUCAAUCAGCAAAUUCACUCAUUCAAGAGUGUAUCCGUAACAAACUUGAACAAUUAUGCGUAGUUAAAACUCAAUUAAAUCUAUUAUCUAUAUCUCCAUGCCGUUUUGAUCUUUCAAAUUUUUUUAAGCGUUCGUCUUCAUCUGCAUCUUUUAAUGCUUCUAAAAAAUUAACGAAUCAAUAUUAUUUAGUUUCAAAGUAUUUUACUUAUAAAACAAACAUGAUUCCAUUAAUAUAUGAACAGCAAGUAAUGCUUGAAUGUUUAUAUACAAAAGAUUCCAUAGCAUAUGGAACAGUUCGUGUCCAUAAUCGUGCUUAUGAAAAGCGUGUUUUUGCUCGUAUAAGUGAAAAUGAUUGGAAAACAUUUGAAGAUAUUUAUGGAUUGCAUUCAAUGAAUUAUCCAAAUGAUAAUACAGAUGCAUUUACGUUUGGACUACAUUUAAAAACAUAUGAUGAUAAUACAAAAGUUCCCAAACAAAUUAAUUUUGCUAUUUGUUUACAAAUCAAUAAUCAAGAACUUUGGGAUAAUAACUUGGGAUGGAAUUAUAUAUUAGAUAUACUUGAAAGGUAA